ACAUAAUUGAUUGCAGAUUGAUUCUAAAUAUAGGGAAGUACAUUUGAAAAUGCACGAGGAAUUCGGAUAAGUUCUCUCAAGUCCCUUAUGAACACCAAGUCAAGUACAAAUAUCCCCAAAAUGACUCUCCUCCAUUACUUGGUGGAGACAUCGGAACAAAGGAACCAGGGUGCUUUGGAAUUUGUAAAAAUCUUGCAGGAACCUUUAGAAAACGCGUCAAGGUUUCCGAUGAAUGGUGUAACUGACGAAUUUAAUCAGCUCAGGGGAAUGGUUAAGAGACUUAAACAAAAAUGUGAACAAACGGAUGAUGAAGUGAAAACACAGUUUACUGAUUUCUUGGAGAAAGCUGAUGCUCAAAUGGAUGAGUCAGAUGACAUAACAGAGAGAAUGCAUGAACAAUCUACUCGUCUAGCUCAAUAUUUUUGCGAGAAUGAAAAGAACUUCAACCCGGACGAAUUUUUAGAUGCUUUUAAGCACUUCUGCGAGAACAUUAGAACCUGUCAACUGGAUAUCCAACACAGAAGAGCUAAAGAAGAUAUGGUCAAAAGACGUAGAAGUUCUUGGAAUCCCUGUACCAAAUCCCAGGACAAGGAUGUGAGGGAAAGAGCAUCUACCUUGUAUUAACAGACAGAAUCAAGGACAAAAUGUGGCAAAAAAGAAAGUUACAUAUUUUUUGUGAGCAAAUAAACACAGGUAUACAAAUGAGAAGCCAAAUAUUGUUUCCAAACGUUUGAGGUACUUCAACAUCCUACAUUAAGAUUGAUUGAAAUUGGACAAAGAACAAAUUACAAUUUUGUCAAUGUGUGAAAAAAUUCAUUAACAAUUUGUGUUAAAACUUUAGAGAGCAUAAGGUCAGAUGUUACAAACUUUUGAUUAAAUAUUGCAGAUAAAAACUUGAAUCAUGUUUAUGUAAGUAAAUCAAACAAGUUUCAACCGUAUACUUUUAAUUUCUUUUAUUCAAAGUCUCACAAAAAUGAGAUUUUAAUUGACAAACAUUUAUGUUAUGAAGGAUCGGUAGUGAAAGAUACAAUUUCGAACAUAAUAGAAGGUUUAUAUUUUAGAAAUUUAUUAUUUUCGUCAAAUACAACAGAAAUAGACCCAAACACAUAUACCAAUCCAGACAUCCAUUUUUUUGUUUGUAUCAUCUGGUUAUAACUACGGAUUGUAAUUGCAAACAAGGUCAUUAAUUCGACCGUAGAAUAU